ACACCGACCGGGAACUCAAUCACCGCAAGAACCAGGGAGCAUAGUCCGGCACUUGCUGCACCGGCGACACGAAGGCCGUCCUCAGUGUAAGCCUCGAAAGACCUACUGCUCCCUCCGAAGCACCGCAAACCGUUGGAUAUUAAAGGUCGACUUGUGCAGGCGUUCAUCGGACAUCCGUAUCACUUCAACAGUCAAGCCCAUUAGUCUACACUAAUAAUACCUUGCCCAUCAUGCCUACUCUUGAACUGAACUACGCCACAAAGGACGAGCUUGCCUUCCUUGACACCGAGGUCAAGAGAAAGCUCAAAGUCUCUGGAGACAAGAUCGAGUACACCGCGACUGAGCUCGCGGAGAAAGACAGCGAGGAGCGCGCAAAGCUCGUGGGUGUCUACAACUUGAACAAGGAGUCUUACGAUGCCACCCUCAAUUAUCGUCUCUGCCCCACCAAGGGCGGAGACGAAAUGAUCUGGGGUGGCACCUUUGCUCAGAUGCGCCGCAAGUAUGACCCGCGACCCGUCAAGAUCUACAACGCUCGUGGCAAGGAGUCCGAGUUCAGCCUUGAUAAGACUGGCUUCCAAUUCGAGCACUUCCCUACUUCUUACAAAGACUUCCCGUGGAGUCCCAUCGACGAGAAGCUCAAUAAGAUCUACAAUGCUGAGUGUGAGGAGUUUAUGAGAAAGCUGACCGGGGCGAGUGACGUCCGCGUCAUCUCCCACAUCAUCCGCCAACGCCAGUGGGAGAACGCCGACCCCGAAGAGGAUAAAGACAAGCCAGACAUGGCUAUGACAGACGGCGGCCUGCUCUCCGCCCGCUUCGUGCACAUCGACCAGUCCGACCUCGGCGCCAAGCGCCGCCUCUAUGACGACCUCCCUCCUGGAGAAGGCGCCAAGCACGACGGCAAGCAUCGCUGGGCCAUCGUCAAUCUCUGGAGACCCAUGGAUGAGGUCCACCGCGAGCCUUUGGCCCUAUGCGAUGCUAGGUCUGUUCGUGACGACGAGCUUCACGAUACCAUGCACUGCGUUCCCUUCCGGUGGCCUCACAAGCCUACCGAGAACCACAUGUGGCAGAUUGCGCCGCCCGAGACACCCGAUCAGCAUAAGUGGUGGUUCCGGGGCGGCAUGACGAGGGACGACGUUGUUCUCAUCAAGAUCUUUGACUCCAAGAAGGAUGGUAGGGCUAGACGCACUCCGCACAGCGCUUUCCCUACCCCUGAUGAUAUCGGCCCUGCGAGGCGGAGCAUCGAGACUAGAUUCUUCCUUUUCUGGGAAGAUCAGAGCUGCGAGUAGAGGCCUGAAGGAACGAUCUCUACUGUACAGGGAUCAAAGUAGAAUGCAGCAUAUUAUUGAGUUCAACCAGGCGAAUCCAAGUUUCUAUCAGACUAUCUGAACCUUCAAUACUCCUUCGUCUGUAACUUUCGCCUUGUCGAUGCUUGUCUAUGUGCAAAGUCCGUAAGAAAGAGGAAUUUAAUUGCCGGACUUCUCUUCUCGUGCCUAUGUAGAUGUGAAGGUGUUCUACUUCAAGAGCAAUUGUUAUUCUCGAAGAUCAAUAUUUUAG